CACCGGGUUCGGGAGCGGGCGGUGGCUGCAGCGAGCCCCGGGAGCGGGCACCCUGACCAAGCGAUGCCGCCGCCCUGACUUUCCCAGCCCCACGAAGUCUCCGCUGUGAAUGCUCACUUCUCGGAAAUACGCACAAAGGGGGUCGGGAGCAUGGCCCACAAGUACGAUACGCUGCUCGCUGAGAAAUCCGCAUUAAGCAAAAUAAUUGCCGAUAAGAAUCCGCUUCCUCAGCCGUGGUACAAGGAGAGAUUAAAGACUAAGUACCUUAAGAAGAAUCCUAAAUUGCUGUCUGAUGCUUUGAAUGGACAUAGAUGGCGCUUCUUGAAGAGUGGGCUGGAUGAUUUUCGUGAUGGGUAUCCACCACAGUCACAAGAGGAUUUAGCCAUAAUACAGAGUCAGAAAGGUUCUGGUCUUAGUCCUUUGCUGGUGAACGUGACAGAAACUUUUAAGCCUGCUCAACGUGUAUCAAAAAGGCUCACUAAAUCACAGAUAUGUUAUUCCAAGGCUCUACCAUUACAACAGGCUAAGAGGGAGCAGAUUGAAGAGAUUGAAUAUGGCUUGAGUCAGCAUCCAUUAGCUCUUUAUCCACAUCUGGAAGAAGGAGUACCUCCAGAGCUCUUUGAGAACAUUGUAGAUAUCCUGGACCCUGAGAUGCUCCUGACCAGUGAGGAGGCUCAGAUAGCUCCCAUGGAACCUACUGAAGUGAAUAAGAAGCUUCAAAAGCCACAGAAGAGGAAGGAAAUGCACAGACAAAAAUGUUCAGAAAGCAGCGAAGAAAAAAAGAUAAGAAACCCAUACAAAUGGAUUCUAACCAGAGGGGCACAAAAAGAAGACAAGAAGGCAAAACUAAAAGGGGACACACCAUCACGGCAAGAUAAAGAAAUAGAACAAGUUACAAAGGCAUUUUGUGACUGGGUUGCUUCUCUGGGUGGCAAGAAUAACAACAUAGAAGAAGCAACUGUCAUGAGCCUGUUUGCCAGCGACUAUGAGUCCCAUUCUGCACUUGCAAUACCUAUCCAUGUAAUGGAGCUGAUCGAUAUACCUCCAGAAUUGAGGAAAACUGUAGGAACCCCUUCACCACCACCUUCAGUUAAAAUCAGCAAAACUGUUGGCACGGAAUCCACCCAACAACAUGGGUAUAAAUUUAAAUAUGGAGCAUGGUAUUUGGACCCAAAGACAUGGGUGAAAAGAAGAGCUGAUGAACCUCUGGUUGAUCCCAAUUUUGUGCCUGAAGCAGAUAACUCAUAUUUACCUGAAGGAGAUAGUGAGAAGGAUGAAGAGUUGAGAAGGCUUCAUGCAAUAUUAUCUUUCAAGAAAUUCAUUGAAGUUAAAGGACUUAGAAAACCGGAGUUUAUGAAGAAACUAUUUGACACAGUUGAUGAAAAUGGAAAGAUCAUUUCCUGACUGAAACUAGAAACCCUGGAGCACAGGUUUUAUUCUUCAAUGCACAUGGCCAUCAUUGUUAAUUAAUAUGUGAUUUCAUUGUUUUACCUUAUCACGCUUUCUGUGAUAUUAUGAUUCCACUUAAAAAAAAGCCACUAGUUUACAGUUACAGAACAUUUUUCAUAAGAGGUGAUUAGGAGAAAAGUAAUUAUUUUUCUUCAAUAACUGCCGACUA